UUUAUUUAGUUUGCAUCGUACGCUUCCCGAGUGCGGAAGGCAAAAAGACUUUCGGCUGCUGGAACCGCGCGUCCUGAACCCGGGUUGUUCUUGAAAAGGACGGUCGUCGCGUCCGUCUGUGUGUCGGGCAGGAAUUCUGACAGGAACACAUUUUCCCAGGAAGGACUCAUCACAGCCAGUGCUGGAAGGAGUUUGUGUGUCUGUGAAUAUCGCGCAGUAGGCCGUGAUCGGAUUUUGAUUUGUGAUUUUUUCCGUUCUCGUUUCGGUUCGUUCUUUAUCACCUUCGUCGCGUUCGCGUGUGCCAAUAUCGUGCGUGUGAGUGUGUGUGUUACACCAAACAACUAUCCUGUUUCAUUGUUCUCCACACACCGAUUCGCGUGGGUGUGAGCAUUGUUUAUGUGUGUUCUAGUUUUUGCUCCUUUCCUCCGCGCUUCCGUAACUGCAUCCGGAAAUCAACCUGCAGGCGAGGUUUUCAUUCACAAGAACCGGAGAGGUCGACCGUAGUGGGCCGUGAGAAAUACGAAGCAAGCAAGCAAAAAAACAACCAGAAACCGAGUGUGCGGCGAAAAUCAAUAAAAAUUUGAGGGCCUCCUUCGUUCGGGUUCGCGCGAGCAAGGAAGAGGACGAAGGAAGGGCAGUGCAGAUUCACGAGAUGAGUCCAAGUGUGCUAUGAUUAUUUAAUGUCAACUGGCGGCGACUGCAGCAAGCCGUGUGAGGUGAUUAGCCUCGAACGAGCAGUGAUGGGGUUGUGUCGACGAUAAGAGGAGGCAGUCCAGUGGUGGAAAACUUGUGGUUUCGUGAAGAGAAUUCGCAAGGCGAAAAAAGAAAGCAAGUGUGAGGAAGAGUGAAGUGUUGUUAUCAACGUGAAGACAGCAAAACGGGCUUGUCGGUCUGGCAGGGAAAGAAAACUUGAAGGCAGAGGACACUGAGACACACGCACUGAGAAUCGUCGAAGGAUGCAGCAUCGAUGAGGUCGCGACGUUCUGAGAGAAAGUGUGCUUCUUCUAGCGAGGAUUAAUGUGCAAGCGUAAUCAGAAAUAGCCCACCGGCAAAUCGCGCCCCAACACCACCAGUCAACCACGCAGAGCCUGCUGAGCGAAAAACUGCACCGGAAUUUUCACCGCGAUUUUCCCGACAGGGGAGCGUUAAUGCAAAUGCCCGAAUCGCGUCGCCGCGCCGCGUCGCUCCGCGCUAUCAGUGACAAAUAUGAAAAUAAUAUGUAAAUUUAUGAAAAUUUGAUAAGUUUUUUUUUGUGCUGUUGUGCGCGUUGGUGAGUUUUGUUUCCGAUUUAAGUUUUUUCUGUUUGUUUCUCUGUGUUUUUUUGUAACAUAAUCUGGAUUUCGCGCGAUUCGCGCGAAUGCACCGAGAGAAAAAAGCACCGCGGAAUGUCGUAAUUUAUCGUGUGUUACUAUCGUUCGGUAUAAUUUGUUUUAAAACACCGCGAAAAAGCCGAAUAAAUUCUCGCAAAAUAACCAACAGAAAAAAGUGUGUUAUUUUUUGGCACCUUGCAGAGUACAAGAACUGCAGGAGGAAAUUUGAUCAAGUGCAAAAAAGUGAAGAGGAAAAGUGAAAAUCGCCCGUAAAGAAGAUGCAGUAAUUGAAGCGGCCCUCUGGAAGAAGUGGACCAUCGGCGACGUGUGGCCAGGCGCGCCGCAGAAGAUGAACUCGUACGAAUUUAACGCAACCAUGGAGUGCCGAGAUAAUGGAAUACUUCGUGGAGCCGUGAAAAAUAACACAAGAGCUAGAAGAAGACGAAACAGGCUUUGCCGGCAGAAAAAAAACACCAAAGCACUCGAAAUUCGAAACCCACAGAAAACAAUAGAAUUGGCGCACAAACAGUUCAAAAUUCUCGCUAAAUUAAAGAUAAUGAAUUAUCAGUUUUAUAGAAAAUCCGAAGGCUGCCUCCUGGACGGAGUUCCGCCUUCAGCUCCCCCAGAUGUGCCACCGCGUAAUCCAACAAUGAGUCGGAUGAAUGGACGCGUCACCGGUAACCCUACAGAGCUAGGCGUCGACUUUGAGCCAUCGUGUCUGGUGCGGACGCCAUCGGGCAACGUGUACAUUCCGAGCGGAAAUCUAGGUGAGCACCACUUUCACGAAUCUUACUACCACCAGCCAGAAACAACCAUUAAUAACAAAGGAUCACCGAUAGACUACAAGACGGGCUCGGCCUGCUCCACCCCGACGAAGGACACGCUCAAGAGCUGCGACCGCUACAUGGGUCCGGUACUGCCACCCCGGAGCGCCAUGUGUGGUCCCCCGUCGCAUCACUACUCAGCGCCGCUGAACUUUCGCAAAGGCUUCACCUUCACCAAAUGUACAUGGAAGUGUACGGCUAUACUAGUUAUAUUAUUAAGUGUUAUACUUGUUAUAACAUUAUUAUUAACAGCAUCUAACGUAUUAAGUAUAUCAUAUCCAACCACCAACCCCUGUACAGUUCUAGUCGAUGAGAAGGCGGAGAUUUCCGCGGCCAAAAGUACGAUAGCGGACGCGAAUCGGGCGGCGGACAGCGGAACGGCACCGGGCCGGCCCAAGCCUGCCCUGAGCAGUAGUAGUCCUGCCGAUUCGCCCUCGCUCAGUUCCGCGUCCACGUCCGCCGCGUCCUCGUCGGCGGCGUCAACGGCGCCGGCCAACAGCAAUAGCAACAACAACAAUGGCAACAACGGAGGUGCCCGCACAUUCCCAGCGCGAAGCUUCCCCCCGGACGGCACCACCUUUUCGCAGAUCAGCCUCGGGGCGCGCCUCUCCAAGGAAAUUCCCCCGUACAGCUACUGGAACAUGCAGUUCUACCAGUCGGAGCCGGCGUACGUCAAGUUCGACUACGGCAUUCCGCGUGGGGCGUCGAUCGGCGUGUACGCCCGCCGGAACGCGCUGCCCACCCACACCCAGUACCACUUCAAGGAGGUGCUGAGCGGAUUCAACGCGCGCCAGACACGUGCCGCACAUCCCUCGAUGCGCCGCGAGGUGACCCGCUACAUGGAGCCCGGCCACUGGUUCCUGUCGAUCUACAACGACGACGGUGACGCGCAGGAGAUCACCUUUUACGGUGCGGUCGCCGAGGACAUGACCCAGAACUGCCCGAACGGGUGCUCCGGCAACGGCCAGUGCCUGCUCGGCCACUGCCAGUGCAAUCCCGGCUACGGCGGCGACGACUGCAGCGAGAGCGUCUGUCCGGUGCUGUGCUCGCAGCGCGGCGAAUACAUCAACGGCGAGUGCCAGUGCAACCCGGGCUGGAAGGGCAAGGAGUGCUCGCUGCGGCACGACGAGUGCGAGGUUCCGGACUGCAACGGCCACGGACACUGCGUCAGCGGCAAGUGCUCGUGCGUGCGCGGCUACAAGGGCAAAUUCUGCGAAGAAGUGGACUGUCCCCACCCGACCUGCUCCGGCCACGGCUUCUGCGCCGACGGCACCUGCAUCUGCAAAAAGGGCUGGAAGGGCCCGGACUGUGCCGCCAUGGACCAGGACGCGCUCCAGUGCCUGCCGGACUGCUCCGGCCACGGCUCCUUCGAUCUGGACAGCCAGACGUGCACGUGCGAGCCCAAGUGGAGCGGCGAGGACUGCUCGCAGGAGCUGUGCGAUCUCAACUGUGGCCAGCACGGACGCUGCGUCGGGGAUGCUUGCGCUUGCGAUGCCGGCUGGGGAGGUGAAUUCUGCAACUCGCGGCUGUGCGAUCCACGCUGUAACGAGCAUGGUCAGUGCAAGAACGGAACGUGCCUGUGCGUGACCGGGUGGAACGGGAAGCACUGCACGCUCGAGGGGUGUCCCAGUGGUUGCUCCCAGCAUGGCCAGUGCCACGUGAGCGGUGAGCUGAUGUGGGAGUGCCGCUGCUACGAGGGCUGGGAUGGAGUGGACUGCUCGGUGCCGCUGGAACAGAAUUGUGGCGACAACAAGGACAACGAUAGAGACGGCCUUGUCGACUGCGAGGACCCCGAGUGCUGCAGCAGCCACUCGUGCAAAACGAGCCAGCUGUGCGUUUCCGCGCCCAAACCCAUCGACGUUCUGCUGCGGAAGCAACCCCCGGCCAUCACGGCGUCCUUCUUCGAACGCAUGAAGUUCCUGAUUGACGAGGGCAGUCUGCAAAACUACGCCAAGCUGGAGACGUUUAACGAGAGCGUUUUUUGGAAUCAUUUUAACGCAAGCCGUUCCGCCGUUAUCCGGGGCCGCGUCGUCACGUCGCUGCAGAUGGGGCUGGUCGGAGUUCGCGUGAGCACUUCGACACCGUUGGAGGGAUUCACGCUGACGCGGGACGACGGAUGGUUCGAUCUGAUGGUGAACGGAGGAGGUGCGAUCACGUUGCAGUUUGGCCGAUCGCCGUUCCGGCCGCAGACGCGGAUUGUGCAGGUACCGUGGAACGAGGUGGUCAUCAUCGAUACGGUGGUGAUGUCUACGCUGGACGACAAGGAGAAGAGUGGAAUUCCGCACACGUGCUUCUCGCACGAUUACGACUCGAUGAAGCCGGUCGUGUUGGCCACGUGGAAGCACGGAUUCCAGGGGGCGUGUCCGGAUCGGAGCGCCAUCUUGGCGGAAUCGCAGGUGGUGCAGGAAUCGUUGGCGAUUCCUGGAACUGGGCUGAACCUGGUUUACCAUAGCAGUCGUGCCGCUGGAUAUUUGUCCACGAUCAAGUUGCAGCUGACUCCGGAUACGAUCCCGCAAACACUUAAGCUGAUCCACCUGAGGAUCACCAUCGAAGGAAUCCUGUUCGAGCGGGUAUUCGAAGCUGACCCGGGUAUCAAGUUCACGUACCCGUGGAAUCGCCUCAACAUUUACCGCCAACGCGUCUACGGCAUUACGACGGCCGUGGUCAAGGUCGGAUAUCAGUACACCGACUGCAAGGACAUCAUCUGGGACGUGCAGACGACCAAGCUGAGCGGACACGACAUGAGCAUCUCCGAAGUUGGAGGAUGGAACCUGGACAUUCACCACCGGUACAACUUCCACGAGGGCAUUCUGCAGAAGGGAGACGGAUCCAACAUCUACCUGAAGCACAAGCCACGUGUGAUCCUCACCACCAUGGGCGACGGCCAUCAACGACCGCUGGAUUGUAACGACUGCAACGGAGUUUCCGCCAAGCAACGAUUGCUCGCACCGGUCGCCCUAGCGGCAGCCCCCGAUGGUUCUCUCUACGUAGGAGACUUCAACUACAUCCGAAGGAUCAUGAUCGACGGAACCGUCAAGACAGUGGUGAAACUGAACGCAACCCGCGUCUCCUACCGCUACCACAUGGCCCUCAGUCCGCUCGAUGGAUCGCUGUACGUGUCCGACCCGGAAUCGCACCAGAUCAUCAAGGUCAAAAACAAGGACGACUCGCACGAUCCCGAACACAACUGGGAACCGAUCGUCGGAAGCGGCGAACGAUGCCUGCCCGGAGAUGAAGCCCACUGCGGAGACGGAGGACUCGCCCGCGAUGCCAAGCUGGCCUACCCGAAGGGAGUCGCCAUCUCGUCCGACAACGUACUCUUCUUCGCCGACGGAACCAACAUCCGAAUGGUCGAUCGCGACGGCGUGAUCAGCACCCUGAUCGGCAACCACAUGCACAAGUCCCACUGGAAGCCGGUCCCGUGCGAGGGCACUCUCAAGAUCGAAGAAAUGCACCUCCGAUGGCCCACCGAGCUGACGAUCAACCCACUGGACGACACCCUACACAUCAUCGACGAUCACAUGAUCCUGCGCAUGACUCCGGACGGACGAGUUCGCGUGAUCGCGGGACGACCUCUGCACUGCUCAUCCGCCUCACCAACCACGUUCGACUCGGAUCUCGCCGCUCACGCCACCCUCGUCAUGCCACAAAGCAUCGCGUUCGCACCGUCAGGUGAUCUCUACGUCGCAGAGUCCGACUCCCAACGCAUCAACCGAAUCCGCGUUAUCGGAACCGACGGCAAGAUCGCCGCGUACGCCGGCGCCGAGUCCAAGUGUAACUGUCUAGAGCGCGGCUGUGACUGCUACGAAGCCGAUCACUACCUGGCGAUCAGUGCCAAAUUCAACACGAUCUCGGCCAUCACGGUCACCCCCGACGGUCACGUUCACAUCGCCGAUCAGGCCAACUACCGCAUCCGUUCGGUGAUUUCAAGCCUGCCAGAAGCCGGAACCUCAAAGGAGUACGAAAUCUACGCCCCGAACGCGCAAGAAAUCUACGUGUUCAACCGCUUCGGACAGCACAUCGCCACCAAGAACAUCAUGACCGGCGAGAUCACGUACAGCUUCCUGUACAACGUCAACACCUCGAACGGCAAACUCAGCACGGUCACCGACGCCGCCGGAAACAAGGUGUUCCUGCUGCGUGACUACACCUCGCAGGUCAACUCGAUCGAAAACACCAAGGGUCAAAAGUGCCGUCUCCGGAUGACCCGCAUGAAGAUGCUGCACGAACUCAGCACUCCAGACAACUACAACGUCACGUUCGACUACCAAGGACCAACGGGACUGCUCAAGACGAAGCUCGACUCAACCGGACGCUCCUACGUGUACAACUACGACGAGUUUGGUCGCCUAACAUCGGCCGUCACCCCAACCGGCAAGGUCAUCGAUCUAACCUUCGACCUGUCCGUCAAGGGCGCCACCGUCAAGGUCACCGAAAACUCCCAACGCGAGGUCUCCAUGCUCAUCCAAGGAUCCUCCGUCGUUUCCCGUGUCGGUGAAGCCGCCACCAAAACCACCGUCCUCGUCGACGGAAGCACCACCAGCGUCUCCCCAUGGGGCAACACCGUGUCCGUCGAGUCCGUCCCCUACAUCCUGCUCGCCGAAAUCGACCCCCUCCUCGGCGAAAGCUACCCCGUCCCGUCCAAGCAGCGCACCGAAAUCAAUGGCGACCUGUCGAACCGCUUCGAGUGGCGCUACUUCAUCCGGCACGUCCCUGUGCGCGGCAAGAACUCCCGCGCCCUCACCCAGGUCGGCCGCAAGCUGCGCGUCAACGGCGAGAACCUUCUAACGUUCGAGUACGAAAAGGACAGCUCCUCGAUCACGGUCUCCGUGGACGACAAGACCGAACUGCUGAACGUCACGUACGACAAGUCUUCGCGACCGGUCGCGUACCGCCCACAGUCGGGAGAGUACGCCGACGUGGAUCUGGAGUACGAUCGCUUCGGACGGUUGAUCUCGUGGAAGUGGGGCAAUCUUAAGGAGGAGUACACCUUUGAUCGCGCAGGUCGGCUCAACGAGAUCAAGUACGGCGACGGCAGCUCGAUCGUGUACGCGUUCAAGGACAUGUUCAGCAGUCUGCCGUUGAAGGUGACGACUCCGCGCCGAUCGGACUACCUGCUGCAGUACGACGACGCGGGGGCGCUGCAAUCGCUGACGACUCCACGCGGGCACAUCCACGCGUUCUCGCUGCAAACCUCGCUUGGGUUCUUCAAGUACCAGUACUUCUCGCCGAUCAACCGCCAUCCGUUCGAGAUUCUGUACAACGACGACGGGCAGAUCUUGGCCAAGAUUCAUCCGCACCAGUCGGGUAAGGUGGCGUUCGUUUAUGACAACGCUGGUCGGUUGGAGACCAUCCUGGCUGGACUCUCUUCGACGCAGUACACCUACCAGGAAAGUACGAGCCUGGUCAAGUUGGUUGAGGUGCUGGAACCUGGAUUCGAGCUGCGACGUGAAUUCAAGUACCACGCCGGCGUGAUGAAGGACGAGAAGCUCAAGUUUGGCUCGAAGAGUGCGCUGGCUUCGGCUCACUUCAAGUAUCAGUACGAUGGAAAUGCAAGGAUGAGUGGAAUCGAGAUGGACAUUGACGGUAAGGAUUUGCCGAUCAUGCGGUUCAAGUACGGACAGAGCUUGGGAACACUGGAUGCGAUCAGCGAUCUGAGGAUUACGAGGAAUGCGUUCAACAGGACGGUUGUGCAGGACACCUCGAAGCAGUUCUUUACGAUCACGGACUUUGACGAGCACGGAAGGGUGAAGAGUGUGCUGAUCAACAUCAAGUCGUUUGACGUUUAUAGAUUGGAGUUGGACUACGAUUUGAGGAACAGGAUCAAGACGCACAAGGUUAUGGUUGGUCGCGUGACAUCGCUUGAUAAGGUCAACUACAACGCUGAUGGACAUGUUAGUGAGGUCGUUGGCACGAACAGCUGGAAGUAUCUGUACGAUGAGAAUGGCAACAUCAUUGGAAUUCUGGAGCAGGGCGACAAGACCAACUUAGGGUACGACACCGGUGAUCGAGUGGUUCAGAUUGGUGAUGUGGAGUUUAACAGCUACGAUGCUCGCGGAUACGUUGUGCGUCGAGGUGAGCAAAAGUAUCGCUACAACAACCGAGGCCAGCUGAUCCAUGCGUUGGAGCGCGAUCGCUUCCAGACGUGGUACUUCUACGACGAUAUGGGACGCCUGGUGGCAAGUCAUGACGAGAAGGGCAACGUUACGCAAUACUUCUACGCAAACAUCAACGCACCGGAACUGAUCACGCACAUUCACUACCCGAAGGUCGCGAAGACAUUCCGAUUCUUGUACGACGAUCGCGACAUGUUGGUGGCGGUGGAGACCGGCGAGCAGCGAUACUACGUGGCUACCGAUCAGAACGGAUCGCCGAUCGCGUUCUUCGACAUCAACGGCAACAUCGUGAAGGAGAUCCGCCGUACGCCGUUCGGCAAGAUCGUCAAGGACUCGAACCCGGACUUUUUCGUGCCGAUCGACUUCCACGGAGGUCUGCUCGACCCGAACACCCGACUGGUUUACAUGGAGAAGCGCCUUUACGACACGGCGGUCGGCCAAUGGAUGACCCCGUACUGGGAACAGCUCGCCACCGAGAUGCGUCUGCCGACGGACGUGUUCAUCUACCGAUUCCACAACAACGAUCCGAUCAAUAGGAAAGAACCGAUGAACUACAUGAACGACCUCAAGUCGUGGCUGCGACUGUUCGGGUACGACGUGACCAAGAUGCAGGGCUCGACCUACACCAAGGACAUGAUCUACCGGCCGAACGCCAUGAUCAAGUCACCCCAGCUGGCGCCCGACUUUGGCGUAAUGUCCGGACUGCAGUGCAUCGUUGAGAAGGUUGACGAAAAGUUCUCGGACUUUGGCUUCGUGCCGAAGCCGCUGCUUAAGAUGGAGCUCAAGACGAGGAAUCUGCUGCCGCGGGUUGCCUACCGGCGAGGCGUGUUUGGCGAGGGAGUGCUGAUAUCCCGCAUCGACGGACGAGCGCUGGUCAGCGUGGUCGACGGAUCGAACAGCGUCGUUCAGGACGUAGUUUCCUCCGUGUUCAACAGCUCGUACUUCCUGGAUCUGCACUUUAGCAUUCACGAUCAGGACGUGUUUUACUUCGUCAAGGACAACAUCAUGAAGCUGCGCGAUGACACGGAAGAGUUGCGCCGGCUUGGUGGAAUGUUCAACAUCUCGACGCACGACAUCAACGAUCAUGCGGUCUCGAACGGUAAGGAACUGCGGCUGCACGGCCCGGACGCCGUGGUCAUCAUCAAGUACGGCGUCGAUCCGGAACAGGAACGGCACCGCAUCUUGAAGCACGCUCACAAGCGGGCCGUCGAACGGGCCUGGGAGCUCGAGAAGCAGCUGGUGGCCGCUGGAUUCCAGGGUCGCGGCGACUGGACCGAGGAAGAGAAGGAAGAACUGAUCUCGCACGGUGACGUCGACGGAUGGGUCGGGGUGGACAUUCACAGCAUACACAAGUACCCGCAACUCGCGGAUGACCCCGGCAACGUGGCCUUCCAGCGGGACUCGAAGCGAAAACGACGGAAGAGCGGAAGCCACAAAGCGCAAACGCUCCGACAGCACAGGCACGAGAGCUCGUGAAAUAGCACCACCCUAGCGUAAGCAAAAAACAAACUCUCUAUCCAAUCUGUGAAGCUUUCCAAAAACAAAACAAAAAAAACGCAUGAAAAACAAGUAAAUUUUCAAAGAACGCUCUCUCUUGCUCUUUUAAGGAAAAUCUUUCUCCGAGAACUGAUUUGAAGAAAGAGAAGUGAAUAUUAGAAAUAUUGUGAUACAUAGAUUUAUUUUGGAUUAUUUUCGUAGGGUUAAAACAAAACAACAUCAACAACAACAUAAAAACAAAAAAAAAGACGAUGAUAGGACGACGUUAAGCGUGACCGUAACAAGUUUUCUACACUUGCGCAGAACGAAAAUUAUGAAACAAAAAAAAUCCUUUCUCAUUCAAGUCCGCAAAAUGAUAAUAUCAACAGCAAACAACAACACACACAAAAACA